CAGCAUGACGGUGAGUGAUGUCUGUGCCCAUGGCUACUCAUGUGCCUUUAAUCUGUUUAAAGUGAUAUGGCCCGCCUUUUCCCUCUAUUCCCUCGCAACAGUGCUGGUCACUUUUUAGCGCGUCAACUCCGGUGCUGGCCACCACAAAUCGGUCCCAUGCUAGAACUGCCGCCCUUACGAUCUGUAUUUUUCCAUCUCAAGAUACCUGAUACGCCCAAACCCCCAUUCCCUAUACCACGAGUCAUCUUUUACCUCACAUGCAUAUCACUAAUCAACACUCCACUCGUACUGGCAUUUUCUUUGCUUGAUUAUGGCGUUCUGUCCUUGUGGAUUAAUCCCGCAGCUUGUGUUGUCACCAUCAUAUUUCAUUGCUCGGUCGUAGCCCUGUCCAGGCAAAAAAGAGAUAUCGAAGACCCCUCUUACUUCUCAACGAUUGUCGUCUGCUCAUACCUGUUGGCCUUCCUAUGGUUUUCGGCUAUGAUUAUAACCAUCGUCGUACUGCUUUCUUACAAGGGAGACUUCACCGUGGACGGUCUUCGUCGCUAUGGCCUCCCUGUAUCUAUCCACACGCAAAGAUUGCAAUGUGUCCUUGCGGCCAUAGAAUUUUUACUUAUGACGGGGAUAGGAGUGAAUGGACAUCUGUUAACUAGGAAAGAGGGCGAUCCUGUGAGUUGGAGACCGUCUGCAGAUACAAAAGUCGUACAUCAGCCCGUUGAAAUUCAGACGACAUUUGCACCCACAUACUAACGAACUUUACGACGAGCGCUUGGCGCUUAGCUGUCAUUAACAGUCCUGGCAAGCCCGUUUACUAAGUUCCUUUUAAGUUCCUUUUAGUUCAGUAACUCUGCCGGACAUAUGCAACAGAUAAAUUAGGUAUUUAUCUCAUAAUACCAAUCACAUCCACUGUUUCUUGGAAAGCCGCUCCACAUCUGCGCAUUCAUUUUCUCCCCGUACACACAGUACUGUCGCGCCGUCUCGGCUGCCUGCGUCGGGUAUUAUACACUUGACGUCUUCAACGUUUGGACAAGGACAUUCUCUGGGCGCCUUGACACAUUCUAGAGUUGCAGGGCAUAAAUAACGGUUGCAGGAUAUGCUCUCAGAAUGGGAGGCCCACUGCGAAGCGCCAGAAGGCUGAUGUUGCUCUUGGUGGCGGAACAUGCCAUCGAAGAAGUUGAACUGGGC